AUGUUGCCGAGCCAGGCCGGGGCCGGGAACGGCGCCGCCGCCGCGCUGGCCUGCGGCUCGGGGCUGGGCCGGUCGCCGGUGCCGCGUGGGGCGAACGGCGGCGGGGCGGCGGCGGGGGCGCCCGGGGGCCGCCUGAAGCGGGAGGCGCUGUACAGCGGCAGCGAGGGCGACUCGGAGUCGGCCGAGGAGGAGGAGCUGGGCGGCGAGCGGCGCGGCGUGAAGCGUGGCCUGGCCGAGGCGGCGGCAGCGGCGGCGGGGCCCGCGGCGGGAGCGGCGGCGGCGGCCGCCUACAGCGGCAGCGGGGGCGGCGGGGCCGUGAGCGGCGCCAAGCCCGGGAAGAAGACGCGGGGCCGGGUGAAGAUCAAGAUGGAGUUCAUCGACAACAAGCUGCGGCGCUACACCACCUUCAGCAAGAGGAAGACCGGCAUCAUGAAGAAGGCCUACGAGCUCUCCACGCUGACUGGCACUCAAGUCCUGCUGUUGGUGGCCAGCGAGACGGGCCAUGUGUACACGUUUGCCACACGGAAGCUGCAGCCCAUGAUCACCAGCGAGACGGGGAAGGCGCUGAUCCAAACAUGCCUCAAUUCCCCGGACUCGCCCCCACGCUCGGACCCCACCACUGACCAGCGCAUGAGUGCCACUGGUUUUGAGGAGACAGACCUCACCUACCAGGUGUCCGAGUCAGACAGCAGCGGGGAGACCAAGGACGCCCUGAAACCCGCGUUCACUGUCACCAACCUGCCGGGAACAACGUCCAUCCAGACAGCCCCGACCACCUCGACCUCCAUGCAGGUCAGCAGUGGCCCGUCAUUCCCCAUCACUAAUUACCUGGCGCCAGUGUCUGCCAGCAUCAGCCCCAAUGCCGUCACCAGUGCCAACGGGACAGUGCUGAAGACUACUGGAGCCAGUGCAGUGACGUCUGGGGGCCUCAUGCCGAUACCCACUGGCUUCACCCUCAUGUCAGGUGGUACCAUGGCUCAGCAGGUUCCAGUCCAGGCAAUCCAGGUGCACCAGGCACCGCAGCAAACGUCUCCCUCUAGUGACAGCAGCACUGACCUUACCCAGACCUCUUCCAGCGGAACAGUGACCCUCCCAGCAACCAUCAUGACGUCAUCUGUGCCAACCACCGUGGGCGGCCACAUGAUGUACCCCAGCCCGCAUGCGGUGAUGUACGCGCCCACCUCCGGCCUGGCCGACGGCGGGCUCGCGGUGCUCAACGCUUUCCCACAGGCGCCCUCAGCGAUGCAGGUGUCCCACAGCCAGGUCCAGGAUCAGGGUGGCGUCCCCCAAGUGUUCCUGACAGCCCCAUCAGGCACGGUUCAGAUCCCAGUCUCAGCUGUCCAGCUUCACCAGAUGGCUGUCAUCGGGCAGCAGAACAGCAGUGGCAGCAGCCUGACGGAGCUGCAGGUGGUCAACUUGGACACCUCACACAGCGUCAAGAGUGACUGAGAGGCCUCUGCUGCCGGCCUUCUGUUUCUGGCUUGUCAUACCAGUGUCGGGGCUGGCAGCAACUCCUUCUCGUACAGACUGCACCAGUUAUUUAUUGUUGCCUUUUCACGUUUCCUUCAUCCACACAUGCACACAAACACACGCACUCACCCACCCCCACACACACAGGCAUGCGCGUGGGGCUGCAGGACCCACCUGGGGUGGAACCGUGCUGGGGCCGUGCAGGGCUUGGGGCAUUUGGAUGCUGCAAUAGCUGUGCUUGUCUCACGCCAGCCAAAGAAAUUUGUCUCUUUGAGGGGAGGAUUGCUCUGCACUGUAAAUAAAUACUGCAGGCCGUUCCCAGCUGGAGGCUCUGGCUCCUUCUGGGUGCUCUGAGUCACUUUGCCCAUGAGUAUUUACUCUGUGUGGGGCUCAGCUUAGACCCAGAGCAGUCGUGCAGGUGCAGCUUGGAGCAGAGUGGGUUGUGGUUGUGCUGCUGGCCUCAGCAAUGUGCCUUUGUGGGGGUGACAGGUCCUGGCCGCAGCAACUCACCCUGGGCUCCAGACAGGAGAGAGGGGCCAGCUUGCAUGUGCAUCUCUGGGCCUGCAUGCCCUCUCCCCGGAGGGCAGGGCACAGCCAGUGGCAUGUGGCCCUGUCCUCCUCGUAUGCACUACAGUGAGCCCUCUUCCCUCAGUGCCUCCUCGCUGGGCUGCCUGGCAGAUUUUCAGCCUGCCCUGGCGGCUGCCCUUGCACAGGUGAGGUGGUGGAUAGAUGCCCAGGAACACAAAGAUGCCCUGGAGAGUUCCUCAGGGGCCCUGUGCUCUGCCCAGCCCCACAGUCUCAGCCCUCACAGUGCUUCUGGACUCCGUACACCCAGGGGAACGGGACUGGGUCUUUCCUACAUCCCCCUGCAGCUCCAACCAGCGCUUUCUAAAUUUCUUGUGUCUGAUGCAAGGUGGAGAAACAACUCAGAUGUCAAAGGGAAGAGCCCAUGGGGCACAGAGCUGCUGGGCACGUGGCAGGCUCUUCCUCUGAGCACCAGGAUGACUGGCAAGCCAUCCUGGGCUUGGGGGAGCAGCUGUGAUGCCUGUACAGGCUCAACAAGGCUGGGGGAGAAGGGCUGGGGCAUGCUUGGUCCUGCAUGGGAGUUGCUGUGAAUGGCUCUGCUACCUAGCCCUGUCCCUGGAGGGAGAGUGAGCAAGUGAGAGAAGCUGCUUGAAUCCUUAGGGGAAGAAGCAGUAACUUUUUUUUUUUUUUUAAGUUAAAGACAAAAGAAGCCUUGGAGAAAAAAAAAGAAAAAAAAAAGAAAAAAAAAGAAAAUUACUUUAUUUUUCUAAGUGUUAAACUCAGUAUUUAUGUAAUUCUUUAAGGAAUAAAAGUUUGGCUCCUGUACAGUUUUAAUGGGGUUUGUACCAGGGGGA